AUGGUGGAACCAAAUUUCACCGUUCUACCACCAGAGCCAGUUUCCCAAGAGGAAUUAAGUUCAGAUGAACUCUCUGACGCAGCAUCACCCGUACCCAAAGGGAUACGUAAAUAUAUUGGUAUCCUUUCCCUGAACCUCCAACCUUCCUCAAUUAUCGGUUUAAAACGUAUUCAGAAAUAUUCAACAUGGCCUAUGCUCCUCUAUUUUCCCCUCCAUUCAGUAAAUACAUUAAUAUUACCUUUAAUAGAACCGAAAUCUUUACCUGAUAAGUUCUUGAAUACUAUAUCAGAGAAAAUUCCAUCGAGAAUUCUAACAAGUAUUCUACUUGGUUCUAUAUCUAUUCAUCUCACUAGUGGAAUUAUUCUAAGAGUAAGCCAUUGGCUUUAUCAUAAGCGUCAAGAAAAGGAUGAUGAUAUACAUAGCGGUCGUAUCGCACGUGCAAAGGCUUCAGGCUUCAGACCAUUCUUACAAACUGAAGAUACCUCACAACAAGCCAUUGGACUGAGUGGCGGUGUACUUGGAUACAUAAUUGGAUUCAAGAAAAGGUUUAACCAUGCACCAAUUGUAGUUUCAGGCUAUCUUUUGUUACCGUUCUUAAUCUAUCAUCUAUUGAUUCUAAAGUAUUUACCUGGUACACAAAUAGAAAAUAACGAAAAAUUUCAAUUUAUAAGAUGGAUCUUACAGAAUACUGAUAAAUCGAUUAGAUGGAUUGGUGGUAUAGUACCUCUUGCCAUUUUGGUCGGAUCUGGAACCUACCAUAUCGGAUCAGGUAUGGUGCAAUAUGCCGGAGUGAAAGAUCUUCAAAGGCGGAGGAAAAUGGCCACCGCAAUUACUCUUCUGAUAAGUAGUGGAAUAAUUGCACUCGCCCGGUUAGCAAGAGCUGAUCGAGUUCUAUUUAUUAAUAAACAUCGAUUUUUAGACGUUUUCAAAAGCAUAUCUUUUAGAUAA